AUGAAAGCCCGCUUUAUUUUAUUUUGUGUCUUAUUUACAAAAACUACUUUCGCUGAGUUUAACAAGCAUUUUGCGGAUUUUAUAGAAGAUGACUAUGGCAAAACAUUUCUAAAUACCCUCCAAAGAUCAGAUCUUGGAGAUGGUGGAUCUUUUGGUGGUAAGAGCACUUCAAACGAUGAAAUUCUAAAUGAUCCAGUAAUUUUUGUUCAUGGAGUUUCUGACAUUGCGGGUGGGAAAAUGCAAGCACUAUCUGCUACAUAUAAAAAACAUGGUUAUGGUAGUGGUGAGCUUUAUGCGACUACAUAUGAUAGCGGUUCCAAAAAUAAUCCGAUUGCAUGGGCAGACUAUUCUUUGAAAUGCGAACAUGUAAAGCAGAUUCGAACAUUCAUUUUAGCAGUUAAAUACUACACGCAGAGGAAUGUCGACGUUGUUGCGUACUCGCUUGGGGUUCCCAUUGCUAGAAAGGCUAUUCUUGGAGGUGAAUGUGUGGAUACACGGGAAGACCUAGGUCAGCCUCUUACACAAUACGUGGAUACUUUUGUUGGUGUUGCUGGGCCGAACCACGGCAUUUCAUUGCAGGUCGCUGGAGUAUCCAUUCCAGGAUGCGUCAUUGGAGCCAUACCUAUUCUUCCAAUUUGCAGCAGGGUUAUCGGAUUGUAUUCCGGACUUUGUCCAACUGAAAGUGAUUUUUUAACGGAUAUUAACGAAAAAAAUCAUUACGAAGGCAAAUACGUUUUUACAUUGUAUACUGAAACCGAUGAAUGGAUUGGAUAUAAAAUUUGUGACAAGAUAACAGCUAGAAUUCCUGGCGAAGAUGGUCACAGAAUAUAUAAGAAAUAUUCACAUGAUGAAAUUAUAUUGAGAACUUGUGAUACACAAAUUGAAAUGAUGCAGUCUCAUACUUCUCCAUCAGAUGUUUCUGAAGAGCCGCAAUCUCAAAUAAAACGAGCUUUACCCAAAUCAAGGCAAACUCGAAAACGAAACAUUGAAGAUUAUGACUACCUCAGUGAGCUCAGUAGCUCAAAUUUCGAGACCGCACCGCAAGAGCUUCAAGGUUCCUCAAAAAUGUCCCAAACAGUCAUCCCCACUACCGUCAGAAGUUAUGAAACUGUAACAAGAAGCUACGAAUCAUCAUAUCUCCCGCCGCGCAUUGUGAAGAGUGACAUUGAUAUGAUAAAUGCGAGGCCUUAUCAGUUCAAGACGACGCAAUCUGAUUAUGUAGGCGACAAAGUUGGCGGAUAUCAUACGCAUGUCAACGUGUCUUUCGAUUGAAAAUCACAAAUUAACAUGUCUUGUGUUCAAUUGUAAUAUUGGAGCGUGAUAUGAGGGGAACUGAAAGUAAUAAAAUAUUAUU